AUGUCUGAAUCUAAAGAAAACAUUUUUAUUUUCGUCCCUAACCUUAUUGGUUUCGCGAGAGUCAUUCUUUUGAUCAUAUCCCUUUACUAUAUGCCUACUCAUUGUGUGGUCGCAUGCACUUGUUACAUUACUUCAGCUUUACUUGAUGCAUUUGAUGGCCAUGCUGCAAGAUAUUUCAACCAAAGUACCAAGUUUGGUGCUAUGUUGGAUCAACUCACAGACCGUGCUGGUACUUCCUGUCUCAUGAUGACCUUGGGUGCAUUCUAUCCACAGUAUCUUUUUUGGUUCCAACUAUCCAUGGCUAUUGAUAUUACUGGUCACUGGCUUUACCUUCACACAACUACCCUACAAGGAAAAGCCUCACACAAAUUCAUAGAUAUGUCUGAGAAUCCAAUCAUGCAUCUCUAUUACACAAAUAGGACUGUGCUUUUCUUUAUGUGUGCUGGCAAUGAGGCAUUCUAUGCUGCUCUGUAUGUAAUGUAUUUCUACACUGGACCCACAGUGUUGGGUAUGGGUCUCUACAAGUUGAUUGCUCUCGUGUGCCUUCCUGUGGCUGUUGUCAAGACCAUGAUUACAAUCUUGCACAUGGGUGUUGCUUCCUUGAACCUGGCUACCAUUGAUGUCAAUGAACGUUCCAAAAUAGCUGCUAAGCAAAAUUAA